AUGUUGGAAUUAAUUGGUAGGGAAGAACAAUCAAAACCUUCAAGGAUGCCGUGGACACAUUUGGAAGAGAAGCUAAAUGAAAUGCCAAAAUUGACCUCAUCCUCAAAUUGUUGCAUCUACAGAGCAUCGAAGCGUCUGCGCCAACAAAAUGAAAAAGUUUAUACACCUCAAAUAGUCUCCAUUGGCCCUCUUCACCAUGGGGAACCACACUUGGAAUUCCUGGAAGAAGAAAAACGAAGAUACCUGCAAGAGUUUCUUGAGCGAACCCGUUUAAGGGUCGAAGAGCUUUAUUAUUUGAUAAGGACAAAGGAAGACACAUUACGUAGUUGUUAUGCUGAAAAAAUCAAAUUUGAUAGCAAUGCAUUUGUGGAAAUUAUUCUGGUGGACGUCGUCUUCAUUGUUGAACUCUUCUUGAGAUAUAGUUUAAGUUAUCUGCGAAUGAGAGAAGACCGUAUAUUUGGACAGCCAUAUUUGAUUCAAGAUAUAUGGUACGACAUGUGGUUGCUUGAGAAUCAAAUUCCAUUUUUCAUUCUUGAGGAAAUUUUUAACCUAGAAAAAGUGCAAGCCUUUGUCCCAGACAGACUUCGGUUCAUAGAGCUUACAUACGAAUAUUUCAAGAGUUUACAGGCAGUAAAUGGCAAAUUAGGGAAAUUUAAGGACCCAAAAAAAGCGGAACAAGUUAAACAUUUCACUGAUUUCUUAAGAAUUUGCCAUCUACCAUCUGAAGAGCAAAAGGAAAACCGACGCGAAGAGAGAAUGCAGAGGUUAUUGUCUAGUAUCAUAAAGCCCAAAACGAUGAAAAGAAAAGUUGCGACUGCACCGAGUGUGAUGCAACUCCAUAAUGCUGGAGUCGAGUUCAAAUUGAGCAAAAGCAACGACUCAUUCCAGAUAAAUUUUGAGAAGGGGACUUUGGAAAUCCCACCACUGAAACUACAGCUUGAAACUGAAUCGUUGUUUCGAAAUUUGAUUGCUUUCGAGCAACGUCAUUACUCCGAAACUUACAUAAACGACUAUGCUUAUAUCAUUCAUCGUCUUGCCGACACUCCCAAAGAUAUUGAGUUACUUGUUGAGAAGGAUAUUAUUGAAAACUGUCUGCCGGAUAAAGGAGCAUCAACUGUUUUGAAUAACCUCUCAAGUGGAACAAGUUUAAAUCCCGAUAAUUUUUAUUUUUCAAUUCUUUGUGAAGAAAUGGAAAAUUACCGAGGAAAAAGCUACAACAACUGGAGGGCAAUAUUGGCACAGAAUUAUUUUAGCACUCCAUGGACUACACUUUCCGUAGUUGCUGCUGCUUUUGUGAUUCUACUUACAGUCAUUCAAGCAGUGUUUUCUGUUCUCCAAGUGACGAAUCACCAAAAUAACUGCUCUUAG